AUGGGUAUGCGCUCGAUUGGGCUGCAUCCACCACCAACACUCUUCUUUUUCUUUUCCACAUUCCCGAGUAUCGCCACAGGUACUUCCUACGGGUUUUGGACCCUGAGCCGCAUGCCCGCUGACGACGUCACUCUCCCUUUAAUCGAGAAAUUUGAACCCAAAAUGAGUGACCGCCAGUACUGGCGUCCCUGGACUCUCCGCAAAUCUUUACUGAUCUCCUUCAUUGGGCUUUGCGCCGGGCUACUUGUUGCCAACGAGCUCGCCAACUUUGGCUGCAAACGACAUGGUAGCUGCCAUGUCUUUGGCUCCAGGGAAAACGGGCAUAUGCCCAAGCUCUCCACAUUUGUGUACAGGACACUCCCGGCUAUACUUGGUAUCGCUUUGGGUCUUCGGUGGUAUGCGACACAUUAUGAUAUCAUCCGGCUCGAGGCAUACUCCCAAAUGAGCUCAAAGUACGGUGCGAAAGCCUCGUGCUCACUCUUCCUGCAAUAUCCGUAUGAGUUUGUCUUUGCUCUGCCUUUCAAGGCCUUGUUGAGGGAACACUACGUUGUGGCCCUAUCGUCGUCAAUCCUCUUCAUAGUGAGCUACGGGCUCGUGCCACUGGUCUCGAAUAUGUUUGAUGAUACCGUUGGCAGCACCUCCAUCUUCGCAAACGCCAGCCGGGUCGAGUUCAACACAACGGCCCGGCAGGUACCUGCAAAUUUCACCUUCUCAGCCUACGACUUCGCAUGGAGAAGCGGCGAGCUUCCCCCAUUCACGACCGAAGACUUCUCGCUACUUCCCGUAAAGCCACUGGACGAGUUCCCGGUGUUCCACCUAGGAGAGGACUGGGCCUUCUUGACGACGCUGUACGAGGCCGAUCUUGAAUGCACCGAGGCACACCAUAUUAAUUACACCUAUAGCUACUGGCCAGACAACAAGCACCUGGUCGUGGAAAUCUUCCAGAACGAAAGCAGGAGUUCAAUUGUGAGGGCGUGCGAUGCCCUCGGCCAGGAGAGGACCGAUGAAUACAGUCUUCUCGGUACCAAUGAGUGCACGGAACUUGCAUCCUUCGUCGCGCCGUGGGCGGGCCUUUUCGGGCCUAUAGCGGAGGGGUCGACGACAUUCAUGUUUAGCUGGGCCUCUGGUUCACCAGCUGGUUAUCCAGGUGUCAGCGCCAACGUCAGCUCCCCAGCUCCACUUGAUAUGACGGCCAUCUUCUGCACGACGAAAUACUACGCUCAUACUGUCAAUGCCACCGUCUCAAUGCCCUCGGGGAGGGUGCAUCCAGACAAUGUACAUCGUAUCGGCGAACGGGAGGAGAUUGAACCUCUUAAGGGCUUCACCGAACUCAUCGCCGGAGUAACCCGACCCGACCCGAACUUGUGGUUGGAGGACGUCUUCGUGGCCAAUAGGAGUGUGCUCGGGAUUACUCCCCUCCGUUUCGGGUACCAGCCUGACAAGGUCGUGGAUCUCAAGUAUGACCUUGUGGAGAAGUUCGGGGAAGCCGCUAUACCGGUGAAUCCGAAACGUAUUGUCACCACUAGCGAGAGUAAUAUCUACAUGUCGAUGACGAACACGUUGGUGGCGUUCUCGCUGGGUGACAGGCAGAACGACACGGCGGCGCUAGGGAAAUUGCUGGAUCCAAAGGAGCUGGGGAGCUCGCUCAGGAAGGCGCUGAAACUGUGGUUUGCGUUUGCAAUGGCCGGGGAGACGGCAAGAAGCAAUGAGAGGAGCACUACUAUCCCGGUGGAGCGAAAGAUCCCACAGGUCGUGAUCACGGUCAACCGAGAUUGGUCGCUGGCAGCGAGGAUAGGACUUCCGUUGGUCGCCGUGCUGGCCGCGCUUCUCACCUAUCUCUUGGAGGGGCGCCCGUGCCAUAUAGAAGGGGAGCCAAGCUCUAUGGCCGCAGCCCUGAAGCUACUAUCCGCCAGCCCGACACUCUGUGCGGUGAUGCAGCACUCCGAAUAUCACCCGAUGAAGACGCUGAUGGAGGAACUGGACAGGAGGGGAUUCUAUUUCAGGUUGGGCCCGAACAAGGAGGGUGCCCUUCAGAUACGGGUGUUCCGUGGAGAGGGAGAGCGCGCGGAGGAGGUCCUGGAAGGGUCUGAAGAUUUGAAUGUUUUGAAAGCUCCUCUGGCCGAUGCUCAGGUGCAGAAAGACUUUGAAUGGGUAUCACCAGAUCUGAUUGCGACGGCCAAUCUUGCUCUCUUCCCCAUCUUUAUCCUGGCAUUGAUCGCCACCACGGCAUUGGCCAAGAAACGCAAUGGAUUCCCGAUGCCCGACGACCCAAGCUCGUUCUGGUCAAAGGUUUGCUUCGGCACUGUUCCCAUGAUUUUUGGGAUCACGGCCGAGGCGCUCCUCGUCAUUCUCGGAGCCACUCAGUGCAUGAUGGUCCCGUACCAGGCCCUCGUGACAAAGAAGGCAAAGUACAUCGACGCUCUCGACUCCAAGUACAAGAGUAACCCUCCGCACCUUCAGCUGCUCCAAUCGUUCAAGCGCGGCCAGUACACUCUUUUAAUCCUAUCCUUGACCAUCCUGAUCUCGAACGCCCUCCCCAUGGCUAUGAGCAGUAUCUUCUCCCAUACCCCCAACCAGCCGAGGAUUGAAAAGCUACACGACCCCUUGGUGGACAUUCCCCGUGCCCGACAGGAGAUGUUUUUCCAGCUAAACAAGAAGAUGGCCAAUCCUGACUACACCCCCUCGUGGACCACGGAGGAAUACUACAUCGACUCCCCCUUCAUCAUCGCCCCGAUUGGCGAGAACAAAACCUACGCAACGCGUGCUUUCGGGAUAGACGUCAACUGCACCGUGGUCCCGGAAAACAGGGUCACCUUCCCGUGCAGCACGAGUGCGCGGUCCACGAACGCCAGUAUUCCGUCCGACUGCGAGCCGUACCAGCGCACCGACAACGUGAUGUUCCUCAACAGCCCGUGUGGUGGCCUUGAGCUUCCCAUAGUCACCACUUGGAACGGGACCUCCGGAGACCACGCCAAGGUUGACGAAAGGUGCCCGGGUCUUAUCUUUCCCAUGUGGCUCCAGAACCAGAGGUAUACUGUGGAUAAGCCCCAUAGGAUAGCAAGGGCGCCAGGGUACAACAGGACUCUGUUCCAGUUCGGGAAAGAGGACAAGUACGACUUCAUGGUGCUGAACUGCUCCGUCGCCGACCGCAUCGCAAAUGUGGACGCCACCGUUCAUGACGGCAAGGUCAUCUCCGUGAAAAAUGAGGUUUUCGAGUCGUUCAACAAGACCACAACCCACUCUCUCGCUCACAAUUUCAUCAACGUUACGGCACGCCUUGCCAGGCAAUAUGGGGUUUAUGGAACCCACGCAAUCCAAGAUAUCAACCCACUAGUAGCUCAAGUCAACCCAAACGUAGUGCGAGGCAACGAAACCCAUGUUCCAUCCAGUGCUGUGGUGACGAAGCCCUUCGCGGACGUCCUGAAGCAGCUGUUUCCGCUGCUCCUGAGGCUGUAUGCGGAGGAGUUGUUUGGCGUCGAGUAUAUCACAGAAUAUAUCAACUACAGGGCGCACAUUAACAUCAUACCCUUUGGCGUGGCGAUGGGAGUGCUGGUGUUGGUCUUGGGUGUGGUUGUGAAUGUGUUUACAAAGCAUGCAGGGAGGGUGAUGGGACAUCUGCCAUGGAGCCUGGCGGGGAUGUAUUCCCAGCUCUAUGCGAGCAAUGCGAAGAGCGAUACGAACAGGGCUGGGAAGGGACUUGAAACAGUGGAAGAAGUGGAACUAUCGGCGGAGUAUGCAUAUGGGGAGUAUCCGAAUAAAUUGGGGAAGCAUUAUGGGGUGUAUAGGGUUGUGGACGAGGAUCUGCACCCACCCGCGGUGGAACUGGUUACUUAG